CAAACGCCGAGCGACGAGCAUCAAAUCCGAGUUUAAAAUAACAAAAAUACGGCGUAUUUAUUUCUGUGACGGAACUGGGAAGCGAUGAUGCUGGGACUGGAACUGCUAUGCCUGGUGUCGCCUCUGCUGCUGGGGGGCCUGCAGGCCACGGACUUACCUUACGAGACACUGCGGGAGCAGAUCAUGGAAGCGGAGCGACUGGCCUCGCUGGGCGGCAAUAUUUGGCUCACCUCGGACGAGGAGAAGGCCAACAGCAUCCUGAUGAACGCCAAGCGUGCGGAGAUUGCUGAGGGCAUCAAGACGCCGGAGAAGUAUCCCCCCGCCAUGCACUUUUUCCAAGGCAGGCAGUAUGUGCGGCAGAGCGAGGUUUUCCGCUUCAUACAAAAGAUGCCAAAGGGCGCCUUUCUGCACGGGCACAACACGGGCAUGGUGACGUCCAAGUGGGUGAUUGGCAAUCUCACCACCACCAAUAAUCUCUACACAUGCCGCAAUGUAGAUGGACUGCUGGUGUUCACAUACGAUCAGGGUGGCUGCCACAGCGAGGUGCAGAAUGUGUGCACGGAGCGCAUCAAUGCCGAGGAUCGGGACAAGUACGAGCGGCAGCUGGAGAAGCACAUUAAUAUGCAUCGACAGAGGCCAGAAGCUCUCUUGCCGCAACGCAAAAAGAUUUGGGAACGCUUUGAGAAUAUUUUUACGACUGUCGAUCGGCUGUACAAGUACCGACCCUCCUACUGCGCCUACCACAAGCGCCUGCUGGAGGAGCUGUGCGAGGAUAACAUUAUCUAUGCGGAGGUGCGCGCCUCCCUGUCACCCCUGUACGACGACAACAAUCGCACGCUGAGCACGCUGGAGGUGGCCAACGAGCUGGAACGCAUUGUGGAGGAGUUCAAGGCGAAGCAUCACGACUUUGUGGGCUUAAAGGUGAUCUACGCCAAGCGGAAUCGUGCCAGCGAGGAGGAGAUGAGCAGACGCAUUACCACAUUCAAGCAGUUGCACCAUGCCAAGCCGAACUUUGUCAUAGGAUUCGAUUUGAUUGGCCAAGAGGACACGGGUGAUCCGCUCAACAAAUACGUCAACGAGCUGUCCGAUCUGCCCAGCACCGCCAACUACUUUUUCCACGCGGGCGAGACAAAUUGGCAUGGCCGCACCGACUGGAACAUGAUGGAUGCCAUACUGUUGGGCUCCAAGCGCAUUGGACAUGCCUUUGCCCUGCCCAAGCAUCCGCAGUUGUGGUCCACGAUCAAGAAGCGUGACAUUGCCAUCGAGGUGAAUCCCAUUUCCAAUCAGGUGCUGGGCUUUGUCUGGGAUCUGCGCAAUCAUCCUGCGAGCUUUUUGAUAGCCCAAAACUUUCCCAUUGUGAUAUCAUCCGAUGAUCCCGGGCUCUGGGGUGCCAAGGGUCUCAGCUUUGACUUUUACUACGCGUUCAUGGCCAUGGCGCCGGCGGAGGCGGACUUGCGCUUCCUUAAGCAGCUGGCCCUGAACUCCAUCAAGUAUGCGGUGCUCACAUCGGACGAGCGGCGCAAGAUCAAUCGCAUCUUUCAGCGCAAGUGGCACGAGUUUAUUGCCAAUGUCUUGAAUCCAAAGUUUUAAUUCUAAUACACAAAAUCAGAGUAAGAUCAAACCUAA